GAACAUUUCGUUUAAACGCUUCGGUAGUGGGCUCCAUCUUGCAAUUGCGCGAUUCGUCCGCUGGUGAAUGUCAGUAACCUAACCUCAAUUCUAGCUCGACACGCUCAAUUGUCACGUGUAAGUACCAAGUAAACAAAUACUAAAAUUUUUAUCGUAUACGUCGAUUUCGAAACGGUGUUACAAAACAUUAUUAUGAUAUCAAUGAGAUCAAUUCUAUUCUUGUAACGUGAAAGUGAUCAAACGAUUCUUGGUGUGAAAUUCGGUAAGUUUAACCGUUUAAUGGAGUGAUAGAACACUGUGUGAAGAAUGAGUGAUUCCGAAAAAGAGGAUGGUCCGACUACAACAGGACCGGUGGACAAUGCUUGGUCGUUAAAAAUCCCAUCUUUUAAGCCUGAGGAUAAUCCUCAUCGUUUGCUCGAAGAGAGUUCAUUCGCUACUUUGUUCCCCAAGUAUAGAGAACAAUACUUGAAAGAACAUUGGCCAUUAAUUCAGAAAGCGUUAGACGAGCAUGCACUCAAGGCUGAGAUGGAUCUGGUCGAAGGUAGCAUGACUGUGAAGACUACCAGAAAAACGUGGGAUCCUUACAUUAUAAUUAAAGCUCGUGACAUGAUUAAACUCAUGUCUAGGUCUGUACCAUUCGAGCAAGCGGUGAGAGUACUUCAAGAUGACAUUGGUGCAGAUAUCAUAAAAAUCUCCUCUUUCGUAAGAAACAGAGAUAAAUUUGUCAAGAGACGUCAGAGACUCAUAGGCCCAAAAGGGUGUACCUUGAAAUCCAUCGAAUUGUUGACAAACUGUUACGUUGUAGUGCAAGGACAGACUGUAGCUGCACUAGGCCCUUACAAAGGUCUUGCCCAAGCAAGACGUAUUAUUGAAGAUACUAUGAAGAAUAUUCAUCCCAUUUACAACAUCAAAGCAUUGAUGAUUAAGAGAGAACUGGCUAAGGAUCCAAAAUUGAAAAAUGAAAAUUGGGAAAGAUUUUUGCCUAAAUUCAACAGUAAGAAUAUUAGCAAGAGGAAACAACCGAAGAACAAGAAAGAAAAGAAACCGUAUACUCCGUUCCCACCUCCUCAACAAGAGAGCAAGAUAGACAAGAUGAUGGCUUCUGGAGAAUAUUUCUUAAAGGAGGAGCAAAAGAUAGCGAAGAGAAAGAGAGAGCAGAACAUGAGGCACCAGGAGGCUGAGAAGAAAAGGCAAGAACGCAGAGCGCAAGCGUUUGUACCACCUGAAGAGGAGUCUAAAGAAAAGAAAGAACAGAGUGACGAUGUAAAUUUGGAUGAAUUUAAGAAGAAGGUUAAAAAGGCACUGAAGAAACGCGGUGCCCAGUCAUAGCAUUUGCUAGCAAAUUCGCAAACUGAUGUCAUUUGCUAAAUUGUCAAUUGUUGCUUGUACAUUAUACAUGUUUUCAAUAAAAUAGAAGUUUAAGAAA